GAGGUUUUCUCGCGCCCUCGCAAUCACGUGACAGGAGCGCGCGAAACUUCGAUUAAUUUAAUUGAUAAUUAUGGAUGUUCUGGCUAUAAGCGUUAUUGAAAUGUAAAACGUAAAAUGCAAGCUUCUUGCGGUUAUUCUAUUUUUUUAAUCGACAAAAAGUUUUAAUUGCAAAUAUCCGUAUUUUGGCCCUGAAACCAACUGCAAGGAAGAAAAUUUUCUUUAUAAUUGGCUUAUGCAACGAAAAUGACAGUAUUUUGAUGUAGAUUGAGGUAAAUAAUUUUUAAACGAAUAAGUAAACCCAAUUAAACUAUUGCACGAAUAUUUAUUAAAAUUUUCUUAGUAUAAGUAACAAAUUUUAUAUUCACGGAUCCUAGUUGUCAAAUUGUGAAUGAUGAAUUUGUCCCAAUGUGAAUAUUUAAAAACAAAGAAAGAUGCGUCCGCAACAAGAGAACGAUGUGAUCGUCCACCGUGUUGUGUAACCUUCGAAUUUAUUUUUGUAAUUUUUGUAAUUUUCAUAUUUUGUAUAUAUGCUUUGUAAAAGUCAAAUUAUUUUAUUGUAACGAAAAAAACGGUUUAAUUUAACACAAAUUUUAAAUAAUGCAUUUUAAAUUGUAUUGUAUAUUAAACUAUGAGAAUCAUGAAAGUUGAGAAGAAUUUUAUGUAACCAAUAUGAACGUUCAUAACGAUAUAAACGGUACUUUUGAAUUAUCUCCAAGAAAUCAAUUUGAAAUGCAAUCAUGCAAAGUAAACGAGACGGGAAGCAGACCAAACAUCGCGCUGAAAAGAAUCGGACAAAAAUUGGACGAAGCAGAGACCAAGUGUUUUACAUUGAAGUCGGAAUUAAAUUACGUGAUGGAAGUUUGUCAAAAGGCUCAAACGGAAAUAAGAGGAAGUAAAGAAUCAUCCGAUAUUUCGCCAAUAUCGUCAUCUAAGAAUUCAGGUUCCAAAUCUCCAGUCGGACAUAAUGACAACAGCGAAAUUACAGACAAGAUUAAAAACUGUGACUUCCCUCAGAGAAUUUAUAACGCUGAACUGAAGGACGAAGACAAUUAUGACACUUUCAACUUGAGUCCAAAGUCUGCUCAGUUUUCAUUUAGAAAAAGCAUUGGCGACGAUGACAUUAUCGAAAGAUCCGAAAGUCUGAUAGAGGGAAAUCAGAAAGGAAUACUGAACGUUACGAUUACACCAAGGAUUCAAUUGGAUAAAAAACUUCCGCGCUCGAUAACGACGAUGCCAACUCAGAACAGCAUCACGGAAGUGAGUAAAGAAUAUGAAAAUUAUUACUCUCUCUCUCCCUUACCAUCGCAUAUGUCCUUUGAGAAACUGACGUCGCAAGCGAAGAAUUAUUUCCGCUUAACGCCGCGUUCUACGAGAAGUGUUAAAGAUGUUGAGGAUGUUAAAGAUCCAGGAUUGAAUUUGGAAAUAUCGAGUGUCGCAAAAAUCAAACGAGUGAGGAAAAAUAAGUCGAGGACGGGGAGAAGUGAAAUAAGCUCCGUAGGCAGAAUAGACAACGCGAUGUCCAAGGGACGGAAGAGAAAGAAGUUACGGAGUUCCAUGUCCAAGAGCACGGUUACCACUAAAGGCACAGGUUUCAUUGGCAGAAAAGAAACGAAGAAACGUCGGCACAGAGGCCAUAACAUUGUGCAUCAGCAAUCCAAUCCCAAACAACAUCUGAAAAAGUUCAACGACGUCGUGGAGAUUUUUCACAAUACUAAACUAAAGAAUAAUAAUUGCGGGAUAUUCAGUAAGCGGAUGCCUCUUGGAUCUAAUAAGCGAACGCCUCUUAGCCUCAUCAAUUCUAAAGUCGAUGAAGCUAAGCAUGAAAAAAAAUCGCGUCUUCCUGAGACCAAGGAGGCUCAAAGGAAGAUUCAAGAGACAUCGGCAUUGAGUCCGGAAAAUAGGAAUCCUGAGCGUCCUAUUAAUCGCGAAUGCCAAUCCCGUGAUAAGAAAAAUGAAAAGGAUCAAUGCAGAUCCCACGAUAAGAAAAAUGAAGGGAAUUAUUGCAGAUCUCACGAUAAGAAAAAUCAACAGGAUCUACAGACGUUAAAUGAUCAAAAUCAUUCAGAAGCGACACCCGAGGUUACCCAGGAGCAAAAUAAAUCGGAAAAGCAGUCCAGCGAUCUCGGUCCAUCGGCCAAGGAUGAAACGCAACAGUGCGAGCGCGCUUUCAGCAGAUACGACGACCCAAUGUUCACACCAAGUUACGAGAUGCCGACUUUAGCGUCGAAAUUAAAACGUUCGAGCAGAUCGUACUUCAGCAGGUUUAACUUUCGAAACAUUCCGUUCGUGGUGGGGACCUCGGUGACCCCAAGUCACAAUCUCGGAUUGAAUAUUCAACAAGUGUUGAGUGUGAUGAAGACAAGACAACCGAACAUCAGCGGUGUUACCCCGUUAUUGAUCCGCAAGGUUAGUCAAGGCAUAAGACCGAUGUCAAUUCUUCUGGACCAGAUAAACGGUCAUUACGAGGGGUCGGUUCUCAACGUGAGCUCGCAAAUGUCUGGAACGUUUAACAAAGGGGAGAACCUAGGUCAAAAUAAAAGAUUGUCAGCGUUUAAUUUACAACACAAAGUGGAAAAGACGCAAAAUAGCUGUAUGGCAAAGGUGCCUAUCGACGAAGAAAUCACUUCUGAAAGAGGGACUAACGUUUCCAACCAACUUUGUAAAGAGAAAAGUGAUUCCUGUAAUCGUAAAACUAAACAGCAAUCUUCUUCUGCUGUAAGCAAAAGCGACACAUAUAAAAAUCAGCAAGGAAUUUCGGGGAUAUCGUUAAAAAGUAAUAUCGCUCGAGACAGUAAUAUCACUGAUCAUAAAGUACAUAUUCCUAAUUCACACAAUUCUAAGGAGAUACGCGAAGUUCUGAUUAAUCUUCACGAUCAAUUUGAAGAGAUGAACACAAAAUAUGAGAGAUUACAAUUAGAGGUGGAAAAAUCUAGCGAUAAAUCCUUGGCGAAGGAAUUGUCCACUCUGGAAAAGGAGCUAAGUGCUAAGGAAGAAGAAAUUAAUGCCGUCGUCAGUCUCUAUAAAGAAGUAAUGACGCUGAAGCAGCAAAUGAAAAUGCUGCACGAAAGGAACAGUCUGGUUUGUAUCGCGACCGAGUCGGCCAAGGAUGCCCGCAAGAAUCCUUUUCCUUUUGCAAUUACACCCGGAAAGUCCCAUUCGAUGAAUCCGGUGAUUUUCGGUCGAGGAAAAAUUUACAAUGCCGCACGAGAGCCGCCCGCUUCCAUGCAGCUGGCCGCGUUAUUACGGCAGAUUCAAACUUUUCAUAAACAAUUGCAACUUGUGUCGUAAUGUCGCAUGGGAUUGCGCAAUCGAAGAACAAGGUUGAAUAAAAUCGGGAAUUUCUUUUUUUUACCGCCUAUACAUUAAUACAGCGGAGUUUCAGCGAAUCGUGAGAAAAGAUAAGAGCAUCGAUCAAUUAAUUUUAUUUCUUAGCAGCAUAAAAGACAAGACACUUGGUGAAUUUUUUUGUCUUUGGGUCAAUGAAAAAAAAAAACAAACGUUUCCAGCAGAUCAUAUUCCAUUUUAUUCGAUUCUGCCUGCUACCCCAUAAUAAUGUAUGCGUGUUACGAUUGUAUGUAAUGUUUCAUGUAUACGCAAUUCUUCGCUUUGUGUAUGUGUGUGUAUACCUCUAUACAUAUAAUAUAUUUAUAUAUAUGUAUAUACAGAAUCAACAUAUGUGUAUAAACGCCGAAGAUGGUUUUCUUAGAACUUCCGCUAGAGACGGAUUUCUCGUCGUCGCGGCUCUCACGGUCGAUUGUAAUUGUCAGCUGCAGCUACGUAUGACAAUAUCCAGGAGAAAUUAAUCAUUACGCUAUUGAUUUCUUUUUUUCGCACUUUUUUCUUUCCCUCUGUCGUAAGAUUCUAAUCUCUCUCUAGAUAUGUUCGUAGAUCAUGUAAUCCGCGUGAAAUAUCUAGUUAUUUUUUUCUUUGAGUACUAAUUAAAUGAUUCAUGAUCUAACUUGUUUCUUAACUUCACUAAAUAAAAUGUUUUUGCUUCCCUCUGUAUUCUGUCUUCUCUUCUAAAGUAUUCCUGUUUCUUUCUCUCUCUCUCUCUCUCUCCCUUCUUUCCUUUCAAAGCGUCUACACAGAAUCACGCGAUCUAUCCUUAUGCACUAAAGACACUAUCCACUACAAAAUGUAUCUUAGCGUUAAUAUAAAAUGUUAUCUUAGAUCUACAAUAAUACUAAUUUGCUCUCUUUCUCUCUCUCUUUCUUACUAGUGGAGGGGUGCGGCUUAGGUGCACCCGCGAGAAAUGAAAACAUUCCUGUGGGCAUCGAAUACAAAAUUAAUUUUCUCUCGUGAACAGCGUAGUCCUUUUGGCAGUACGGAUGGAGGACAAUAAUUUUGCGACGUAAUGUAAAAAAAUCUUGUCGCGAUGAUAAAAGUGCUCCUAUUAUAGCACAUUUUUGUUACUACGUAUCAAAUGACGAAUUAAACGGCAGCAGAUAAGAGACUAAUUAAUUUCAAGGAUCGACCAAUUAUACAAAGUGAUACAGCCUUAUUGAAUUUCUUAUUUUAACAUUUAUUUUCAUGUGUAUUACGAUCAUUGGCGCGUGUAAUAAAAAAUCCAUUUUCUUACUCUUUCUUAUACUCUCUGUGAUUAUUCUGUCUCCAACCGUUCUUUCGAAAAAGGACUCUGCUCUUUGUUUAUGCUAUCAUCAUCGCUGUAGGAUCUUCUGAAGAUAUUGCCGACUUUAAUCACUCUCUGCAAAGGAAAUGGCGAAAAAAUCAUCCCUUUUUAUCUCGAUCUUUUCCAAAA